GCAUGUAUGAGUAUGAUGAAUGAUUCAUUGUUUUUUUUCUAAGCAUUCAAGUACCAGCAUGAGGAUACAACAUGUCAUUGUAAGAAUAUGUCAUAAGUUGUCUUAUUAAUACAUGGCCAACCAGAACCAUGCCUGGUUUUCCGCAACCUCUCCGCCACCCUUCCGAGGAUGGAGGACCAGCUCCUCCACGACCGCGGUAUCCACAGCCUGUGUCUCAGAACUACUGGCGUGACAAGCAUGCGGCGAUAGUAGACCCUAAAAAAGGGAGGUUUGCGGUGACCUCAGAACUCGGGAGUCUGCUUCAAUGGUGGGACGGCGAGGAGCAGAAGCUUAGACACCACAAUGAGCGCCACUCUUUAGAGCGAUGGAUCCAAGGGAAAGAUGGGGCUUCAACGGGGUCUUCGAAGGCGACCUUUCUUGUAGCUAGAGAUACAACAGCAACAAAAGCAGAAAAUGUUUUCGACCAUCCAGAUGAGGAGAUGGAGAUUGACGAAGCAGAAGAAGAUGAGAAGUCAGUCUCGCUGGCGACUUCAUCUUCUGCCGCACAACAACAUGUUGAACAAGAAAGCGGCUUUACUCCGACUCCAUCGAGCUCAUCUGCUUCGAUUGACUUCGACUGUAGCUAUACCCGCAAUGCUGAGCAACGACUCUUGCGAGACGAGCAGGGUUCUUCUAGUAUAGUUAGCAGUGUGUCUUCUUCAACACGUAAAAAGAUCGUGCUACGAAAACGAUCUUCCAGAUUCUUGUUGGGUGAAGGAUCUGGAUCGUCUAGACGCCAGCCUGGUCAUGAGAGGAGUAAGGUAUCAUCUUCCUCGCAGCAUAGCAACAGUCCAGCGUCAUCUGUCGAUAGUAGAUUCAAGAUAACGAACUACAGUGCUUCAUCUAGGAAUAACAAUACAGCUACAGGGUCUAGUUGUUCUACUAGAGGACGAUUAUUGCAGACGAGUACGAGAAACAAGAAGAACAAGAACUCUAGCAUAGAAGAAAGAGAAGCAGGUGAAGACAUCAACAACACUUCAAUUCUUUCCUCGAAUGGGUCUUCGAGACUGAAGCAUGUACCGCAUCUAGCAGAGUUAUUACCUAUGGGUUUCGAGCAAAUGCAGGUUGGCGGGUCCUCUAGUUCCUCGUCGAAUCAGAAUCUUGCUCGUCGAACUUUUGGCGCUUCUGCGGGUGGAGUAUCCACCUCGAUGCACCAUCAAAGCAGUAAUGUUUCCAUAGAAGGCGACUCUCCAAUAGUUCCUAUGUGGCAACGCGCUGGAGCAGGUGGAAAUCAAGGAGGACGAGGUGAUCUACCAGAUUCAGGACCAGAAAGCGCAAGUAGAGCAAGAAUGUUGAUGUAUCCCGAGGGGGGAGAAGAAGAAGCUUCUGAGCCUGCUCCAAAAACACCCCAGAAUAGUUCGUCCUUUCAUCGUCAACUGAGAAAGAUCCAGAUGAAGGACAAGGACCAGCAACUUUUACCGCUCGCAGAUGCCGAUUUAGAGAGCCUGUCCAGCAUGACGCCUGCUGAUGUCGCAAGGGAGUCGAAAGAAGACAAACGGUCUAGGCGAUUUAGAAAAGCCUUCUUCAGGCAUGAUUUGUCUGGGUUGACGAGUAUCACGCCAGCUGAGGUUCAAGAGCAAGUGGACUCAGUCGGAGGAGGAGGUGCUUCAUCUUCAGGCAAUGCCUCUUCAGACAACGGUAAAUGUUCAAUUUUAGCAGAUGAAUGGUGGGAUUACGGUGGUCAACCACCAGGUGCGUCGAAGGACAGCAAAAAUGGGGCUUCGGGAGCCAUGGUGAUGUCUACAGCCGCGAGCAAGCUCCUGGGGAAACACGGCAACUACGCUGCUAGAGGUAGUCGUGUCAAAAAACAGGACGCGAAAAGGGCGAGGAGGCGUGGUGGGCAUGGGCUUGACGCGUCGGAUCAACCUCAAUUUCCUGAACAGUCGAGAAGUGGUGAUAUGAAACCAGCGAAGACGCCUUUUUUGUUCUAUCCUAUGACAGCGACCGCGCAAGAACGUAAAGGUUCAGAACAGAUACCGCCUAAUUUGUUUCGAGGUGGCUGGAAAGGACCGAUUGAGAAGACCAUUGAUGCUGGCGAUGAGGCCGUCCGUUCGUGGGACAACGAUACACUUCUCGAACGAUUGUUAAGGCUAGAAGUUUUUCACUAUCACUAUCACUACAUCGGACUAACUAUGCUGAGUGAAGUGCUCCUUGAUUUGAAGGGGAGAACAACUCUUUAUUAAGGGAGGCAAAGGACAAGUCACUCGACCAGCAGGCAUGGUGGAAAACUAGCGUUAAGAUUGGGGAGAAAAAACGAGGUCUUAGUCCAUGGAAUUGCCGAUCUAGUCGCCGUUCUGCGUCCACUCAACGCUGCCAUACCGUAUCUGCCAGGCUUGGUGAAGAAGCACUAUGCCUCCAUCCAUCCACCAGACGCGUGGGCGUUGCAGAAGCUGGAUGUGCAGCACGAAAAACGGGAUGUGCAACAGCAAUUGGAAGAUGAAGAAAUUCGAAAUUUGCAGUGGGAAGAGCAAUACAAACGCUCCCAAAUGCGUGGGGACCUAGUCGGUAUCGAGCGAGCCCUCGCACGUGCAAUCAAUGCUUUUUGGCGAGCACAGAACAGCUUGAUCUACCUUAUGGAGGAUCGGGCGGUAGUGCUGCGACAGACUUCUCUCUUAUGGGACCACUCCUGUGAUAUUGAUUCCUCUCUGAUUCAAAGCCAACCACGAAGACUAGGACUAAGUGACUUCUAGCGCCACAAAUGACGGAUACUCCUUUACCUUGUAGAGCAUGAGCAUCCUGUAGAACGUUGUGUGAAAAAAUCUAAGUUGUACGUGUACUACAAUCCCGUCCUCGUCUAACUCCCACCGAAAGCAGGCUUCGCCAGAUUUCGAGGGAUCAUCGUUGGCUAGUCCACGGGCUACGUGACGAGGUCCAUGGCGAAAAACGGAUGGGUGCUGCUGUACAGCGAGCUUUGGACUUUUCGAAAUUGCUAGAAUUCCGUGACAGACUUGCUGCGAAGUUGCAAGGUUUAAAAGACAAGAGUGCUGACUUGAAUCUGGAGUUUCUAGAUCUGGAGGCUGCUACUCGUCUGGAAAUCCGACACGCGCUGACCUUUCUGGAGCGGUCUGUCAGCUCAGCUGUAGUCCCCAGAACGCAAUUGACACAGCAGACCGAACGCGAGGUUGGGCUGCUGAUAAAAAAAGGACAGCUGGUGAUGAUGCUCAUGCACAUGCUCGAAGAGCUCCUGGAGACGAGGGCCGAAUAUUUGGAGCGUGAAGAGGCGGUUACUGGCAACAAUGGCAGCUUAGCAGUCUAUGAAGGGGUACACGCACAAGGGCUGACAGGUGGAAGUUUCGAGGAACAGCUGGCCGAAAGUGGAGGAAGUCUGGCACUAGGGGGAACAAGCCAUCGAAGAAAUUUCGCUAGAAAUCUCUCUGUUAAAACCGGAGGUGGGUCUCUCACAUCCUACUUGAAGGGACAGAACGCGGGAAGACUGGCUUUUCUAGCAGACUCUGAGAACGUGCGAGACGCACAGACACGCCAACAGUACUAACUUCUGCUAGAGGAUGAUGUUGUUUAUUUUUUUAAAAUUGUUACGUAGAAGAAGAAGUUCGUCGUAGAAGUAACUCUCGUGCUGCAAUGAAUUAUAUGGUUUAUUCAGUACAAAAUAGUACUAAAUCUAAAAUUGAUCAAGCACGACCAUCAAGAACCAAAGAACCAAUUUCCAAAUAAAGGCUGUCGUUGACCGAGUACCACGCCAAGGCGGACCCGAUUGGUCACGUUUUCUCGAGGCCGUUACCGGAAGACACACGAUUGAUUGAGGAGGAGAUCAGACUUCUCUCUUUACGCUGGUCAGGUUUAUCCAUCUUUCUCUUUUCUCUUUCUUUGGUAUCUUUUUGAUCCCGGAAAAGAAUACCACCUCAAGAGACGAACAAAAAGUACCAAGAUAUUCGUGGGGAAAUCGAGAUAGAAGGUUCUUCAAGCUGAUUUUCUAAUUUGUGGCGUUUUUGAUCAGGAUGCAGGCGCCUUAAUGCCGUGGAUGACAAAGGCCGUGCGAGCGCGCGUUACCGAUCUAGAGGCUUUGGCGAGAUCUCGGAAGAACCAGGAAAGCCAGCAAAAUGAAGCAAUUGGUCAGGAAUCCCUAAUCCCGGAUCAGCAAACCAUCACCAAGAAGAUGGGAGAAAAAAUCGAAAAAGUUACGAAGAAGAAAACAGAGAUUAAUACGAUGCACGACUCGUAAGUGAUGAACUAACUACUCUAAUUGGGUUUUGCACUUCUAAGUGAUGAACUAAAUGGGUUUUCGUUUCGAGUUUUUGAAAAAGAAAAAGGAACUUCUUCUAUCUUUUGAUACUCGAAUUAGAACUAGAACUAGUACAUCUUUGUGUUACAACAAGUAGUAUUCACUGUAAAUAGAAGAACUUCAUCUUGUCGUUUUUACUCAUCUACUGCUUAAUCUUCCUCUCUGCCUCUUCUAACCUUCGCAUGGAUCAGGCGGAUCUGAGUCAAGGUUUGAGGGCUGCUGUGAUCGCUGCGGCACCCUACGACGAAGACGAAGAGUCGUCAGAAGACGAUAAUAAAGGCAGGAGUAGCUCCUCGUCCUCCAGCGACAGCGAUUCCGAUGAUAGUGAUUAUGGAAAGGUUGGAAAUGGAAGUAGUAGAGCUUUUUUGUUCAAGAUAGGCUUUGAAACACGAUCAUUCAGUAUCAAUAUAAAUAUGAGUACUUAUAAAAUAUUGAUAGUUGUGCUUUUAUCGUUGAUGUCUGAGUCUGUCUCUGUCCUACCUGGUGUCGCACCAGCUUUGCUGAUGUCAGUCUGUACUAGCACUUGAUUCUGAACAAUAAGUGUUUUUGUGUCAGGAGUAUGAGACUGUAACUGAAACUGUAUCAUGUUGAACUUGUCAAGAUCUUGCUGUUGUACCUACUACGUCUAGUUGAAUCAAUCACGUUUAUUUUGAUGCUAUUGCUAUCGGAGAUGAAAAAAAUUUCCCUGCUCUAUUGUUCUCUUCUUCUAAGUUCUUGAUGCAGGCGAUAUUUCUGGCGUUGUCUCCGAUGUUUCAGAUAUUUCUGGCGGUGUGUCCGGUGUAUCCGAUAUUUCAGGAGUUUCUGGUGUUGGUGGCGGUUCCGAAUCCGGUUCCGGUUCCGGCUCUGGCUCGUCUGGUGGAGGUUCAGACGAUGAUAGCGAUGAGUAAUUUUCCCUCAUAAGCGAUGAGUAAGUGUCAAUGGUCGAGAAGAAGUGCACCUUACUAAGCGUCUUACUAAGCGUCUGGUGUCCGAUUUGGUAGUAGACAAGCUCUCGACGCUUCUAUUUCGUUCCUUAUAGAUGCUUAACUUUAGGAAGCGCUCGAGAGUAAUUGAUUUUUGUUAUAAGUUUCUUUGGAAAUAAUUAAUAAUGAUUGAUUAAUCCAAUUUCAUCUAGAACUUCUGCAUUCACUAGCUGAACAAGAAAGGCAUCCAAUGUCAUGUUUCAACGCAUUCCUGCUAUCAAAUCAUGGAACUGCUACUGCUAAGGGCUUUUGUUGUAUUCUUCUAUUCUAUCUACUGCAACUACAACUACUUCUAGUUACAAGAAAAUGAUUGAAUCUAAAUACAACUACUUCUAGUUACAAGAAAUAGAUGAUUGAUUCUAGGAAGUACGAGGACCUUCAAUUGACCUUUCAUGCGAGAAAAUAGUCAGGCGGAUGAACAAGAUUAUAAAAACAGAAGAAAGUAGACACGUCAGUCCUGAACAAG